AUGGGACGACUCAAGGUCCAGAAGCGCUUGGAAGAUGCGCUUCGGCGCCAUGACAUGCAGCUCGUCAUUUGGAUGAUCGACUCGGGCGAAGUCCCAGUGGACGUCGAAGCCAAUGGCGGUGACACGCCGCUGCUCCAUGCGGUCGCUUACAACCAAAUCGACGUGCUCGACUUGCUCCUGGACCGAGGCGUCAACGUCAAUGCCGCCAACCGCCACGGCAAGACUGCGCUCAUGAAGGCCGCCGCGACGACCGACGUCGACACGACGGACGCGGUCAACAUUCUGCUCCGGCGCGGCGCCAACAUCUUUGCAAAGGAUCCGAGUGGCAAGACUGCGCUCGACUGGGCGCGGCGCACCAACAACGUCCACGUCGGUCGUCGCCUCGAGCUGGCGGUACAAGCCCACAUUGUCGCGCACCGGGUGACGCAUGCCAAUCAAGAAGCGGCGGCCCAGCACGACGCGAUUGCGCAGAUGAACGAUGCACUUACGACGCAACUCCACGCGCUGCUUUCGCCGUACGCACCGCACGAGGUGCUCGCGCUCGUGACGUCCGCCGCCGUCUCGCACGAUAUGUACUCGGCCGCGUUCCCGAAUGGCCCGCCGUUCUUUGUCAACGCGGAGAGCGCGCAAGGGUGGACGGCGUUGACGAAGGCCGCCUCGGUCGAUGACGUGGAGGGUCUGCGCUGUCUGCUGCAGCACGGGGCCAUGGUGGAUUAUGAAUCCAAGCUGCGGCAUACAGCGCUGACGUGGGCGAGCUACUCGGGCCACACGAACGCCGUGCAGUUGCUCUUGCAACACCGCGCACGUGUCGAGUACAUGACCCGGGAAAAGAUGACGGCGCUGAGUCACGCGUCUCGGAAUGGCAAAGCCCACGUGGUGGCGAUUCUACUAAGCAAAUACCGCGAGAGAUUCCUACCCCAAAGUAGCCAGCCGGAUUACGUCUCAAACGAAGCAAGCGAGUGGCACACGCACUUCUUGCAUCACGUUCUCGCCGAAGACGUUGUAGGCAAGUCGGCCAUGGCUUAUGCCACCGCCGGGGGGCAUACCGACGUCGUCGCGCUGCUCCAAGGCGCGUGCGACCAGGCGCGCGCGCACGAGACGCAUGUCACGACGCUGCAGGCCAAGACGCGUGUCGUGGCGUGCGCCCUCGGCUGUGGCACCGAGAACGCGCACGACCUCAUCGGGUACCACGAAGCCCACAAGUGUCCGCGGCGCGACGUUGCAUGUGAGAAGUGCAAGGAGCACAUGCAGAGCCAGCACCUCGCCGAGCAUGAAAAGCGAACUUGCGCGUACCGCGAUGUCACGUGCGUGAACCUCCAGUUCGGAUGCGCGGCGGUGCUGCCGUGGCGCACCAUGCAGCUGCAUCAGUCAGAACACUGCCACUACCGACCUGUCGAGUGCCGUCUCGAGUGCGGCAAGGUGCUGCAGUGGCAAGCGCGGCCCCAGCACGAGGUCGUCCAACCGCACCAAUAG